AUGACUGUCCACAAACUGGUAGCCACAGCUGUGUUGGUAGCCCUGGUCUCACUUAUUCUUAACAACGCAGCUGCCUUCACUCCCAACUGGGUCUACCAGACGCUGGAGGAUGGGCGGAAGCGCAGCGUGGGGCUCUGGAAGAUGUGUUGGCUGGCAGAGAAGAGCAGAGGAGGUGCAAGCACGAGUGCCAGGCAUGGGCACGGGGAAGAGCGCGAGUGCGAAGCCCUGGGCUGGGGCUCAGAGGCAGCUGGGUUCCAGGAGUCACGCAGCACUGUCAAACUGCAGUUUGACAUGAUGCGUGCUUGCAACCUCAUCGCCACCGUUGCUCUGACUGCUGGCCAGCUCAUCUUCGUCCUAGGCCUGAUGGAGUUACCCAUCAUUUCUCAGGAUACCCAGUGGUGGGAGGAGGCCAUAGCUGCUGUCUUCCAACUUGCCAGUUUUGUUCUGGUUAUCGGACUGGUGACCUUUUACCGCAUCGGACCAUACACCAACCUCUCGUGGUCUUGCUAUCUGAACAUUGGAGCAUGUCUUUUGGCCACACUGGCAGCUGCCAUCCUCAUAUGGAACAUCCUCCAUCGGCGUGAGGACUGCAUGGCCCCCCGGGUCAUUGUCAUCAGCCGUACCCUGACCGCUCGGUUUCGCCGGGGGCUGGAGAACGACUACGUGGAGUCACCAUGCUGA